AUGGCAGUGAACUGCGAGAGGGAGGCCUACUUCGCGAAGCUCGCGGAGCAGACGGGGCGUUAUGACGAGAUGGCGGCCCACAUGGAGACGGUGGCGAGGUUGGGAGACGAGCUUUCGGCUGAAGAGCGCAACCUCUUGUUCGUGGCCUUCAAGAACGCCGUGGGUUCGCGCCGCACAGCGUGGCGUAUCGCGACCGCAGUGAAGCAAAGGGAGAUCAGCAGGGGCAACGAUGAGCAGGCACUAUUAGCUACGGAGUACUGCGACAAGAUAGGGGCCGAACUCGAUGAAUUUUGUUCGAAACUCCUUGAACUGUUGGACGGCGGUCUCAUCUGCAAGGCAACCAAAGGCGAGAGCAAGGUUUUCUAUCAUAAGAUGAAGGCCGACUACUAUCGCUACAUUGCCGAACACACCACCAGCGAUGCCAAGGUAAAGGCGUCGAAUGAUGCCACAUCUGCCUACGAGGAAGCGCAAGCGCUUGCCAGGGACCUGGCAGCGACGCACCCGAUCCGUCUCGGGCUUGCACUGAACUUCGCCGUUUUUCAAUUCGAGGUGUUGGCGAAUCUGGACGAGGCGUGCUCCAUGGCGCGCGUCGCUUUGGAGGACGCGAUCGCCGAGCUUGACAUCGUCGGAGAGGACUCGUCCAACGAUACCACCCUCAUCAUGCAGCUGCUUCGCGACAAUCUGUCAUUCUGGACCUCGGACCAGGAGGGUGGCAAACCGUAA